CGCUGGGCGGGGGGAUAGCGGCGGCGCAGAUGCUGCGGGAGCUAGGAGCGGGGCUGCUGCCGUACGGAGAGAGGGAACUCCAGGCCAUCGUACGGGAUGUACGGCGCCCCGGCAGCAGCCGAUCCAGAUCCUCCUCCGGAUCCGCCUUACUGCCGGCCGACGCGGACCCUCUGGAUCCAUGGAACCUUCCGUACGCUUUGCAGGGCCUUGCGCAGGGUCGUGCGGCAUCAAGGUACGACAGCAGCUGGGGCGCUGCCUACGCCGACUACUUUGCGCCGCCAGGGCUCUUGAAGGGAAGCGACGCGUUGUGCCGUACACUGUUCGGGCUUGCUCUGGUGGGCCCUAUGCCUCUGGCCGCCGGGGAGGCACGGGGCUGGACUUUGGCAGAGGAUCAGGCGGGCAGCGCUGCAGGCGGUGCGGAGGCUGUGGAAGAUGUUGCUGCCGCUGCAGGGGCUGCUGCUGAUGAGGGCGCAAGGAAUGAUGGCGGUGGUGGCGACAGUAAUGGGCAUGGUGACGGUACGGCAGCCGGCACCGACGUACUGAUGAAGGCACAGGUCGUGUGUUGCCGUACAGGCCGGAAGCUGGGGCUAAUCUACUUCCACCUUCACGGCCGGUUGGGAGAGUUUCCGUUCACCACGUUGCUGCGACACGGACCCAUGGGUCACACCUGGCACGGCGCUGACGGCGGGAUGAGACCCGCUGGCGACGCCGACCCGGCUGCAGAUGGCGAAGACGCUUCGAUGCCGGUGGUGGUUGUACGGCUGCCGUACAGACGAGAUCCUCAAUCCGCGUGCGGCGGGCCGGAGAGCCCGUACUUCCUCAAGGCUUGGCUUCACGAGCUGGGUCACGCCCUGCACCAUGUAGCAUCCGCGGCGGCAUGCGGCGUGCUGUCGGCGUCAGACUUGCUGCCACCACAGCCGCCGGAGGCAUCCUGCGAAUCAACCAGCGCCUCUAGCGGCCGCAUCCCUAGCAGCGCUGCAACCGCUGGUCUCGGCAACCCGACCAGCAAUGCCACCAGGAAUAUGGACCAUAACACCGCUAGUGCUACCACCAGCGCCAGCAGCAGCACCACCGGCACCACCAGCGCCAGCACAUCCACAUCCACUAGCACCCGUACUACCAGCAACAGCGGGCUGCUGGCACUGCUGAGCGGCGUGUCCUGCGCCUUGGACCUCCGCGAGCUGCCCUCACACCUGCUGGAGCACGUGUUGCGGGAGGCGGGGGGUGUCCGGCUGCUGGCGAGACAUGGGCGGCUGGACUGCCCGCUGCCGCAGAGGGACUGCGCCAGGCUGGUUGCUCAGCUUUCCACGUGCUUCACCUCCACCGUCGGGGAGUUACAGUCGCUGGUAGCGGCCGCACUGGCGGAUCAGAUCAUGCAUGGCCCGCAACCAGCGCCUGAUCAGCAGGAUGAGCCCCGUCAAGCUUCCAAUCCCCAGCCCCAGCCGCAGUCCCCGUCCCAGCAGCAGCUGCAGCAACAGGGACACCCGCAGCAGUGCCACCAACAGGGCUCAACUGAUGGCGCUGCCGGUGUACCGAAGACGACUGGGGCGCCUCCGGCUGAGACGUCGAACGCAGCUGCUGGGGGAGCAACAGCAGCAGCGGCAACAGCAGCGGCAACGGCAGCACCAGCAGCUGGGGAGGCACCCGGCAGGGCUGAAAUGCGCAUGGCGUUACGUGCGCAUUUGGAGGCGCACGCCGCGACCUGCUCCCUCACCGUCCACCACCACCGCGCGCAGCUCCAAGAACACCACCACAACUACCACCACCAACAACAACGUCAUGAGCAACAGGAACAUCAUCAGCAGCAGCAGCUUGAACAGCAAAAUCGGCAACGGGCUGACGGAUUAACAUCACCCGAGCAGCCCCGUCAGCCGUCUCCGCCGCCGCCGCCGCCACCGCCGCCACCGCUGGUGGUCCCUGGCAACGACGCGCUGCACCACCUGGAGGCUCUCGCGGUGGUGGGCGGGGCGCAGUACGUAUACGUGGCCAGUAGGCUGUUUGCGGCGGCGGCGUGGCGGGCCUACCGGCUGCAGGAUCAACUGCUAUUCACAAGCUCCCCCAUGCGAGGCCAAGAGGGUAUCGGCACCCCAUCCAUCCUGGACCACUACAAGUGGGGCAGUGAGAGCAGUCGCGGUUUUGCAGUGGGCAUGGGAGUUCAGGGCUCUAAAGGUGAAGAGGAGGAAUGCAGUGGAGAGGGUGAGGGGAGCGUGAAAAACGGGGGCUGGUUGCUGCGGCAAAGGCUACUGGAGGCGG